GCGGCUUCGGCGGCGGCUGCCUCAGCUCCUCAGAGCGCCGGCGGCGACCGCGGUGGAGUCGGUGUCUGCGGCCGGGGCUGAGCUGCGAGUUUCGGAUUCGGCGGCGCUGAGGAAGAUGGCGGCGGGUGGAUCAAAAUAUUUGCUGAACAGUGGACUCAGAGACAAUUAAAAAUAAGCUCCUACCUGAACAUAUUUGGCUGGUUAGCCAGUUGCUGAUCUGUGUUCAAGAUGAGUGGAUUAAGUGAGAACUCCUUGGACCCACUGGCGUCUGAUUCACGAAAACGCAAAUUGCCUUGUGACACUCCGGGACAGGGUCUUGCCUCUAGUGCUGAGAAGUGGAGACGAGAGCAGGAGAGCAAGUACAUCGAAGAACUGGCUGAGCUGAUAUCUGCAAAUCUUAGUGAUAUCGACAAUUUUAAUGUCAAACCAGAUAAAUGUGCAAUUUUAAAGGAAACAGUGAGACAGAUACGUCAAAUAAAAGAACAAGGAAAAACAAUUUGCAGUGAUGAUGAUGUUCAGAAAGCUGAUGUGUCUUCUACAGGACAGGGAGUUAUUGAUAAAGACUCUUUAGGACCACUUUUACUUCAGGCAUUGGAUGGCUUCCUGUUUGUGGUGAAUCGAGAUGGAAACAUUGUAUUUGUGUCAGAAAACGUCACACAAUAUCUGCAAUAUAAGCAGGAGGACCUGGUUAACACAAGUGUCUACAAUAUCUUGCAUGAACAAGACAGAAAGGAUUUCCUUAAACACUUACCAAAAUCCACAGUUAAUGGGGUUUCCUGGACUAAUGAGACCCAGAGACAAAAAAGCCAUACAUUUAAUUGUCGUAUGCUGAUGAAAACAACACUUGAUACUUUGGAAGACAUGAAUGCCAGUCCUGAAAACCGCCACCGAUACGAAACAAUGCAGUGCUUUGCCUUGUCUCAGCCGAGAGCUAUGAUGGAGGAAGGGGAAGACUUACAAUCCUGUAUGAUCUGUGUGGCACGCCGCAUUACUACAGGAGAAAGAACAUUUCCAUCAAAUCCCGAGAGCUUUAUUACUAGACAUGAUCUUUCAGGAAAGGUUGUCAAUAUAGAUACAAAUUCACUGAGAUCUUCCAUGAGGCCAGGCUUUGAAGAUUUAAUCCGAAGGUGUAUUCAGAGAUUCUUUAGUCUGAUUGAUGGGCAGUCAUGGUCUCAGAAACGUCACUAUCAGGAAGCCUAUAUUCAUGGACAUGCAGAAACCCCAGUGUAUCGCUUCUCGUUGGCGGAUGGAACUGUUGUAAGUGCACAGACGAAAAGCAAACUCUUCCGCAAUCCUGUGACAAAUGAUCGUCAUGGCUUUAUCUCAACUCACUUCCUUCAGAGAGAGCAGAAUGGGUAUAGACCAAACUCAAAUCCUAUGGGACAAGGCAUUCGACCUCCUGCAGCAGGAUGUGGCAUGAACAUGUCCCCAAACCAAAGCUUACAGAUGCUAGGCAACAGGACCUAUGGCUUGGCAGACCCCAGCAACACAGGGCUGAUGAGUGGAGCCAGGUAUGGGGCUUCUGGUAACAUAGCCUCACUGACCCCUGGGCCAGGCAUGCAGUCUCCAUCUUCCUACCAGAACAGCAACUAUGGACUCAGCAUGAGCAGCCCUCCUCAUGGCAGUCCUGGUCUUGGCUCCAACCAGCAGAAUAUCAUGAUUUCUCCUCGGAAUCGUGGCAGCCCAAAGAUGGCCUCACACCAGUUUUCUCCUGUUGCAGGUGUGCAUUCACCCAUGGGAUCUUCUGGCAAUACAGCGAGCCACAGCUUUUCCAGCAGCUCCCUCAGUGCCCUGCAAGCCAUCAGUGAGGGUGUGGGAACUUCUCUUUUAUCUACCCUCUCUUCACCAGGCCCCAAAUUGGAUAAUUCUCCCAAUAUGAAUAUGACUCAACCAAGUAAAGUGAGCAAUCAGGAGUCCAAGAGCCCCCUGGGCUUAUACUGUGACCAGAAUCCGGUGGAGAGUUCAGUGUGCCAGUCAAACAGCAGAGAACACCUUAGUGACAAAGAAAGUAAAGAAAACAGCGGGGAAGGGUCAGAGAAUCAAAGGGGUCCUUUGGAAACCAAAAGUCAUAAAAAAUUGCUGCAGUUACUCACCUGUUCCUCUGAUGACCGAGGUCAUUCAUCCUUGACCAACUCCCCUCUGGAUUCAGGUUGCAAAGACUCUUCCAUUGGUGUCACCAGCCCCUCUGGAGUCUCCUCCUCGACUUCAGGAGGAGUGUCUUCCACUUCCAAUGUGCAUGGGUCUCUGUUGCAAGAGAAGCAUCGGAUUUUGCACAAGUUGCUGCAGAAUGGCAACUCACCAGCAGAAGUUGCCAAGAUUACUGCAGAAGCCACUGGGAAGGACACUAGCAGCACAGCUUCUUGUGGUGAAGGAAAUGUCAAGCAGGAGCAGCUGAGUCCUAAGAAGAAAGAGAAUAAUGCCCUUCUCAGGUACCUGCUGGACAGGGACGAUCCUAGUGAUACGCUUGCUAAAGAACUACAACCCCAAGUGGAAGGAGUUGAUCAUAAACUGAGUCAGUGCAGCAGCUCCACCAAUCCUGGCUCAAGUCAAGAGAAAGACCCUAAAAUUAAGACAGAGACAAAUGAAGAGGUAUCUGGAGACUUGGAUAAUCUAGAUGCUAUUCUUGGUGAUCUGACUAGUUCUGACAUUUACAACAAUCCUGUAUCUACAAAUGGCAGUCAUCCAGGGACCAAGCAACAAAUGUUUGCAGGAUCUGAUUCUCUGGCAGGUUUGAGAAGUCCACAGCCUGUGCUCUCUGUUCGUCCUCCAUACACCCGAGCAGUGUCUCUGGAUAGCCCGGUUUCUGUUGGCUCAAGCCCUCCAGUAAAGAAUGGCAAUGCUUUCCCCAUGUUACCAAAACAACCCAUGUUGGGUGGGAAUCCAAGAGUGAUAGAGAGUCAGGAAAAUUAUGGAGCAAAUAUGGCUGGACCAAACAGAAAUGUUCCUGUGAACCAGACCCCUUCCUCAGGAGACUGGGGCUUAGCAAACUCAAAGACCAGCAGAAUGGAACCUAUGAGUUCAAAUUCCAUGGGAAGACCGGGAGAUUACAGUGCUUCUUUACCAAGAACUGCCACAGGGAGCUCAGUGCCUACCUUGCCACUUCGAUCCAAUAGAACCCCAGGUGCAAGGCCAAUGCUGCAGCAGCAGCAAAUGCUUCAAAUGAGGACUGGUGAGGUUCCCAUGGGAAUGGGGGUCAAUCCCUAUGGCCCAGCGGCACCAUCUAAUCAACCAGGCUCCUGGCCAGAGGGCAUGCUGUCUAUGGAACAAGGUCCACAUGGGACUCAAAAUAGGCCUCUUCUUAGAAAUUCCUUGGAUGAUCUCCUUGGGCCCCCCUCUAACCCAGAAGGCCAGAAUGAUGAAAGAGCACUGUUGGACCAGCUGCACACACUCUUAAGCAAUACGGAUGCUACAGGCCUGGAGGAAAUUGACAGAGCGUUGGGUAUCCCUGAACUUGUAAGUCAGGGACAAGCUUUGGAGCCCAAACAGGAUGUUUUCCAAGGCCAAGAAGCAGCAGUUAUGAUGGAUCAGAAGGCUGCACUGUAUGCACAGACGUUCCCAGCCCAGGGGCCUCCAAUGCAAGGGGGUUUUAAUCUUCAGGGACAGUCACCAUCUUUUAAUUCUAUGAUAAAUCAGAUUACCCAGCAAGGCAGUUUUGCUCUCCAAGGAAUGCAUCCUAGAGCCAACAUCAUGAGACCAAGGACAAACACCCCGAAGCAACUGAGAAUGCAACUUCAGCAGAGGCUGCAGGGCCAGCAGUUUCUGAAUCAGAGCCGACAGACCCUUGAAAUGAAAAUGGAAAACCCCACUGGUGGUGGUGCUGUGAUAAGGCCCAUGAUGCAGCCCCAGGGCUUCUUAAAUGCCCAGAUGGUUGCCCAGCGCAGCAGAGAGCUGAUGAGCCAUCCCCUCCAGCACCCAAGAGUGGCUAUGAUGAUGCAGCAGCCACAGCAACAGGCCUUCAGCCCGCCUCCGAACGUCACUGCAUCCCCUAGCAUGGAUGGGGUUUUGGCAGGACCUGCGAUGCCACAAGCCCCACCACAGCAGUUUCCUUAUCCACCAAAUUACGGAAUGGGACAACAACCAGAUCCAGCCUUUGGUCGAGUAUCUAGUCCUCCUAAUGCAAUGAUGUCAUCAAGAAUGGGUCCCUCCCAGAAUCCCAUGCUGCAGCAUCCUCAGACUGCACCCAUGUAUCAGUCUUCAGACAUGAAGGGGUGGCCAACGGGAAACUUGGCCAGGAACAGCUCCUUUCCUCAGCAGCAGUUUGCUCCCCAGGGGAACCCUGCAGCAUACAGUAUGGUGCACGUGAACAGCAGCAGUGGUCACCUGGGACAGAUGAACAUGACCUCCAUGCCCAUGUCUGGCAUGCCCAUGGGUCCUGAUCAGAAAUACUGCUGACAUCUCUACUGGGCCCUCUACACUGUACAAAUGAACACUGCACAAGGAUCAUCAGGAGGUAAUGAAGCACUGUUCAGGCAUUCUGCUUGGAAGCAAUGGUCAGCUUGAUCUCCCCUGGUGUUCUACCUGGUGUCAUUUGAACGGGACUGGAUCUUGAGCUGAAGCGCACUAUCUACCUGAUUCCCCUGCUUCUAUGUCCUGGUGUUCUGCCUCAUAGGGAUGUGAUUCUGGAGACUGGGAAUGUUCAUCAUCACAACGCUCCAGUGUCACUUCUUUCUGCCUUGCUAGCCAAAGUCUUUCAAAUAAAUCUAGGUGGGCUAGGGUUUCUCUAGUGCCGUAUUGGACAAAGAGCAUAGUCCACCUUCAAGUGUUUUUGUCACUAGCAAGUAAUUUUGUGUUGACUUUCUGUCCAGUAGAAUUGCAUUUCUGCAUUCUUCUCCUCUGUGGACGGUUGUUGAGUUGGCGUUGUCUCUAGUUUCUGUUGUCCUAAGUUUUCUCCUGAUGAUUUUCAUUUAACCCUAAUGUCCUGUAAUACUCAAGGAUUUGUCAUUGAUGUUAAAUGGCUUUGCAGAAGGGAAGAUGAGAUAACAGUAUUUAAUUGCAGCAGUGGCAAAUUAAUAUGCUAACGUGCAGCUGAGUGCACUUUAUUUAAAAAACAAUGGAGAAAUGCAAUAUUCUUGAGGUCGUGAGGAAUGGUGGACCACAUUCCUGGUUUUUGUCUGCAGUAAUGUUAGACAAGAACCGUUUUUGUUUGUUUUUAAAGUACUGGUGUCACCCUUUGCCUAUAUGGUAGAGCAAUAAUGCUUUUUAAAAUAAACUUCUGAAACCCAAGGCCAGGUACUGCAUUCUGAAUCAGAAUCUUGCAGUGUUUCUGUGAAUAGUUUUUUUUUUUUUUUUUGUAAAUAUGACCUUUUAAGAUACUGUAUUAUGUAAAAUAUGUAUAUACCUUUUUUGUAGGUCACAACAGCUCAUUUUUACAGAGUUCGUGAAGCUAAAUAUUUAACAUUGUCAAUUGCAGUAGGCUGGGAGCAGAAGAGACUUCCUCAAUCCCCUGGCCUGGGCAGGAGGGGAGACUGCAGCUUAUCCUCCUCACUCUUUUCAGUCUCUUAAUCUAAAUACUUUUUUUAAAGUGAUCAUUUGUUUAGAUGUAGACAUUUGAAUUUUAAAAAAUUCCUCUACCAGAGAACUACGCACUUUGUUAAUUUUGGAGGAAAGGAUAUGGGGAAAUGAGCUUAAAAAAAAAAAAAAACUCAGCAAUUAUAAACAACAAACCAAGCAAUUAGAUCUCAAAAGGAGUCUUGAAUUUAAGAGUUUAUAACUUAAGUGACAGUUUUAAGAAACUUGAGUGUUUCGUGACUUUGGUUUUCUAGGACCUGCGGCCCCGGGUUAGAUCACAGGCCUCACGUCCUUGCUGUGGCUCUGCUGUCGGCUCAGCUCUCCAGCCAUUCUGCUACCGUAGUGUCUCACUACCUCUCUGUUAGAACAGUGUCAUGGUUAUUUUGAAGGAUCUCAGAACCAGACUGCUAGUGCUGCCAUGCUUCUGACCCACAAUCCUAACAAAUCUUGGCACUCAAGCCUCUGCCCACCCCCCUUUUUGUUGCCUGUUUUUGACACCUGUCCUAGUCCGGUUGGAGUAGGGGAAAACCAAGUUUAAUGCUCUUUAUUUAGGGUCCUCUUAGGUUCAGACUGUUGAAUGAAAUUUGGUUAGUUGGAAAUGUCUGCUAGCAAAAACAAAAACGAUGUAAUAUUCCAGGAAUAACUGAGGACCAUUUGGUUUUUAAACAUGAUACAUUUAGCUAAUCAUUCUAGAGAUUUCUGAAGGGAGUAUGUUUUGUUGAUAUAAACAGUGAAGUCUGUAUUUCCAGAACUAUGUCUGGUAUGGACUUGUUUUCCCAACAGCAUGGCCAUCAUUAUGGGCUCUGCCUUCUGAGCGGCCCACUGCCUCUAGCUUAAACAAUCCUAGAUUGCAGAUCUGUAAGCUUCCGUUAUGUCGCUCAAUGCUUGGCAGGUGAUACCUCCUGUCUGGAGACAGAGGAGGCACAGCAGAGGGAGUCUCUUUUUCAGCCUUGUUCUGUCAGGUUGAGUGUGUCUGAGCCUUCCUUGCUUAAAUUGUGUGUCUGUGUGUGUAUGUGUCUGUGUGUGGGGGGGACAGCUGGUGCUCCUGCCUUUCUUAACUUUUAAAAAUCAUUUCAAACAACUUUGUGAUUCUUUCCUCAGUAUCCCAAUUCCAGGCUAACUGGAUGGCACCCUCUUUUUGUAUGGGGAAAAAAAUGAAGUUUAUUAUGUUUGUAUAUUUUCUACUUGUUGAUUUUUAUUGGUGCAGAUUCAAAUUUUGAUUUUCUUUUAGUGUGAGAAUUUUUUUUUUUUUUAACUCUUACUGCCCUUUAAUCUUCUUUGGAUGUUUCUUUGUGCUCCUGCUGCCUACCUCUCCUUACCUCCUUCCUGAGCCCUUCUAAAACCUCGGUAUCUUUUGGGCAAACAGUAUAAGUAAUCUUUUCAUCUGCUUUUAGAAUGUGGGAUGUUUCCAGUUCCUACUUUUUUUGCUGCAUCCAAAGAUCUAUAAAUAAAUAUUUUUUAUGAAGAUCUAAAUGAUAUUAUGGGAACAUGUUUUUUCCUUCAAAAAUAAAUAGAAGCUGCAUUGUUGAUGUUCGUAUUAUAAUGCCAUUUCCUAAAUUGUGUACCUGGAUCAAAGGGUCUAAGUAUCACUAACAGCCCUACUUAGUUCAUCAGCAUUCAAUAUCUGAGUUGGGGCAUAUAGCGGGUGAGUACUAUAGAAAGUUAAUUGGCUUGAUCCACAAGAUACUGCUUUGAUUCAGAGGUAGAUGCAGCUGGAAUGUCCAAGGAAGGAUUGCCAGUUGCCCACAUGCCAGUCCAGGUCCCUUUUUAUCUCCAGAGUCUGAGUUUUGUUCCCAAGUAGGGAAUUUACAGGAGCAAAAUCUCUAGGCUAGUUGAAAUUGUGCUCUUGCACCAAAGGAACAGGGGUUGUCCCUUCCAAGGCAAGUGAUCUCAAAAUGAGCAGGUGUUUUCCUUUUCCUGCCUCCUCCCCCUUUUCUCUUCCCUUUCAAUCUAUGGAAUUUUGAAGAAGAUGGAAAUGUCAUUCUGAGAGCAGUAAAUUCUCAGGAAUUGACGUACAGCAUUGAGAAUGAAUUCGGGUUCAAUCCAGUUUACACUGUUACUUAAAACAUUUGAAGUCAUUCUUUACACUGCAAGGAAUUGAAACCACAUGUGGGUGACUCAGAGAUGGGGUGGUAAGCUAUGAAUGCUUUGUUGACCGUUUGGAUGUCCUUGCAAAUAAAGGUUCCUAUUUAAAAUCAGAGCCUAAGAGCAUGCUUUUUCUCCUCUCUUCUUAACACUGCUGGAUUAGGGGUAGAAGAGAGGGUUAAGGAAUCCUGUUUCAAAUAAUGGGAGCAGUUUCCGUGAAGAUUACAGCCUGAACCUGUUGGGGGCAUUUGAAAAACAAGACUAUUUAGAUACAACUUGAGCACCCUCUGCUGAGAGGGGGGUUGGGAUGGAGACUGAGGGCUCCCCAACUUCUUCAGGUUUUAGAAUUUUGACAGCCACACACAUAUCCUACCCGAUACAAAGAAGAGUCAGCUAAGGUGAACUGCCUUGAAAUUAAGAUUUUAUAAAUGGAGUCCCAGAGCGAGUGUGAGACUUACCUGUGAUGCUCCUAAAUGCAUGGUACAUUUUAAUCAUUAAUUUACAACCAUCUGCUUCCCUUUAAAAAUCCUCUCAACUGAAGACAUCUCCUUCCAAAAAGGCACGACAGUAUCUUGAAUGCUUAAAGUUAAAAAAAAUAAAAGCAAAAAACUCCCGAGAUAACCUUUUACAAAAUUCAAAGAUUUCUUCAUACCAAUGGCUAGUCCAGUUGCUAGGGGUUUAAACACAGUACGACAAUACUUAAAUGCUACAAAAUUCUUUACAAAUACAAUGUCAUUAAAACAUGGAACACACAUCAACUUGGUUUUUCAGUACCUUAAAAAAUGUCAGUUCUGGGAUGAACAACAAAAGAGUGAAUCCUGGAUGGAACGGUGUCUGGGCAGGAGCAGAAAUGUCCACAAGUGCAAGGGGGUUUCUUUUACACUGGCCACAGAGCGUUUAUUGACACCACCACUCUUGAAAAUUGGGAUUUCUUAUUAGUGAGACUCUCUAAAAGUUCCCAUGUUGGUUACAUGUAAAUAGUCACAUAUACACUGAAGGCAGCUUCUUUAGAGGCAACCGGGCAUCGUGCUAGGUAAAGGUUACUGUUUUGUGCUAUUAACUUAUUGUCAGACUGUGCGCUGUCGGCAGCACCUGUGAGUUGCCCUUAUCCUUGCUUUCUUCUUUGUGAUGAAUUAAAAGAGUAAGGUUAAAACAAGCCCCCCCCGCCAUGAUUUUUUAAAAGUCCAGCAACUUUGACCCAUGGAGGAAAUUUCCAUGGAAAUCAGUACUUUUUCCCUUUUGAGCCUCUCAGAGGG